CCCGAUUGCUGGAGCGUUUUACAUUUUAAUUGACACAACCAAUCCAAUAUUUCAUUUACCUUCCCCUGAUCGUCGGCCGGGAAUGGAAUUUCCCGGCGAGAACUCCGACCACGUGUCUACUCCAAAGCUAUCGCUAACCAAACUCCCCACCAAACACAGAUUACCACUAACAUCCCUAACGCCGCCGCUUCACGCGCCGGUAUCUAUACCGUUUCAGUGGGAGGAAGCGCCGGGAAAGCCGAUAACCUCCGCCGCCGCCGAAAAUUCACCGCUGCCUCCGGGGAAGCCAAAUUCAGUCUGCAGGAGCCUCGACUUGCCUCCGAGGUUACACUCGGCGACGGCGAACGCCGGUUUUGACUUGUCGGAUGAAAUUAGCCGGUCUACUCUGUCUUCGUUCUCGUCGUUCCGGAGCCUCGAUGAAGGACUCAUUGUUAGGAUUAUGAAGAGAGAGAGCAAGGAGGUGGGAUCGUUUUCGUUCUCGCCGCCAUUAAUGCCGGCUGGAGGAGAUCGGGGAACGAGCAGGAUUACCGGCAAGGGCAAUUUGGACUUUUCGUUCUCGUUUUCAGUGAGAGACGGCGGUUUUGACGGUGGCUCGAAGAAGGUGGCGCGUGUAGGGAGAAGAAGCAACAGCCUGUUGAAAGUUUCCCGUACCACAUCUACUCGUCUCCUGAUAACACUUCAUAACCGUGCAUAAGCUUGAACUACCCGAGAAGACCAAUGAAGAAACAAAAAUGGGACUAUUGGUGAAAGUAAUAAACAAGCAUUUGUGAAAGCGUUAAGCAUGCGGUUCCCUGGAGGUGGAAAGUAAGAUGAGUCGCGACUCUAUCUAACCAUAUGAAUAAUCUUCGUGCCGUGUCGUUAUGUUCUCAACUUAUUUUGGUUGCCAUUAUUAUUAGUUGAUAAUAUUAUACUAUCGUAUUAUAGUAUAUUAUACACUUGAUUAUGAAUUUAUGAUCGAUCGAACAUAAUGUACCUUCAUCUAACCUGUUACUAUAUUAGCGAAAACGUACUUUAUGAUCGAAUAUUCGAAUGUACUUUAUGAAUGAAAUGCGCCUUAGCUCCCCA